UAUAAACAUGCUUGGGCACUUGCGCAGAAGCGCAGUUCGCGUUGGGACACGAUUGAAUUUAGUUGUAGUAUAUUCUACACUUCGGUAGUGUAACUAGCUUUAUUAUUUACUUCCUUCAACUUCUGUGUUUUAGUGUAGCGACUUUUAACAAUAGCUCUACAAUUUAAGCCAUUCAACAUAUUGAAAUUGUGGAUUUUUUCUGUGACAAGUGAUCUUAGUUACUACGAAGGAAUAUAUUGGCGAUAAACAGUAAAUCAUGAUGCUGCAUAUUUUUUUUCUAGCGAUAUUUAUUGUCAAACUUGAUCCCGCUCAUUUUCAUCCGGUGGAAGUCAGUGACACAGCUAUCGAAAUCGAAAAACAAAGGCUAGUCAAAUUUCCAGAUGAAAUUGAACUUCGACAAGAUUCCACAGCCAACGGUACAUAUUCAAAAAAUGCAAAGCUUGAUGAAGCUCAGCGCAUCCUACAGGAAAUUGACAAAAUUAAUCAUGCAUUGGGAUACGUCCGCAAACAAUCAGAGUCAUCUAAACUUCCACCUAUUUUAGAUUCAAGUCAGUACUUAUUCCCAAAACCAGCUUUGCAACCCUUUCAUCAGCAAAAUCAUCAAACUUCGGGCAUGAAGGGAGGUACCAUUUUAAUUCCUUCUAUUAGGUCAGUAGCACUGCAGCGUCAAUAUAUAACACCUCAUUCAAUCUCCAAAGGUGUAGAAAAUAAUGAACGUAUACAUCAAUUACAAACUGCUAAAGACGAUUUAACAAAAAAUAAUAAUAAAUAUAUUUUUCAACCAAAUGAAGUUAUAUUACCAGCCCCUCAAAGUGCGGAUGAGCAACGGCUACUGCCGACACACUUUGCAAUACCAGUGCGCCUUUACAAACUUAAUAAGGAAGAAUAUAUUAGUAAGAACGCACCACAAACAUUUCGUGUUAAAGGUUAUAAAAUAGUUGGCGAUGUCGAUAAUUUUUAUGGCAAAGCUAAACAAAAAAUUACAGAAACAAAUGAAGCAAAAUCUGAAAUCUCGACAAAAUAUCAUUUAUUUUUCUUUCCACGUGAGGUGGCUUUGGCACAGAAUUCAGUCGAAGAUAUUUACAAAAUCUCGCGGAUGAGAUUGGAAGGAAAACAAAACGUGCAAGAUAAUAAUUCUAGAGAAGAGAAAGGGGUCGCUAUUCCAAGGCCCUAUAAAAUACAAACAACAGCAGCAAGUAGUAGCAGUGAUAUUAGCUCAAAUGCAAAUGUUACAACACAAAUUAUUCGCAAACGUGUUAUACCGAAACCGUUAAGAGAAAACGAGUCCAUCAUUAGUGAAGCAACUAACUCUUUCAAUAACAAUAACAAUGAGAACACUAAUAAUAAUAUGAAUGUAAAUAGUAAUACAGCAAUACAUAACAACCCAAGUCAAAACACUAAUAUAUUCAAUGCAAGACCCGGUAUUCUGAAAUUCCCCAACAUUGGGAACAUCGCUCGGCCAAAUGAUCAAAAAAACAGCACACCUGGAAAUUCCAUUAAAAACGCUUUUCAAAAUAUUUUUAAACUGCCAUUUCUUCAGGAUAACAAAACCAAUAUGACGACGGGCGAGUUAGGGCAAAUUCUACAAAUGUCGCCAAACCCCUUUUUUACAACACAAGCCAACCAAAAUACGCAAACGUUUUACGAUGUUAUUGGUACAAAACAACCCCAGAAAGGAAGUGAUUACCAAUGGGAGGAUGAAGUGAAUAGUAGUGCCUCAGAGGAUGAAGAAAUUAAUUCAGCUGAACAUGAGGAAAAACACAUAUUCGGUAAUCAACAGAAUGGGGAUCAAAAAACUCAAAUGGAAGCCGUUAAGCAAGGUGGCAUAAUAAUUCAACGUCUCAAAGUACGAAAAGGUGGUAUCGCCAUCGCAGGUCCUGGUGGUGUAGCGACUGCGGGGAGCGGCGGUACGGCUAUUGUUGGUCCCGGAGGUUAUGCCCUUACACAUCCUCGCAGUUUAACAAUUGCUGGGCCGGGUGCCAAGGUGAUUGCAAUUCCUUCCAACGUAGAUUUAAAAGAUGCAUUGCAAAGAACUAAUCUGCACAAUCAUAUGAUUCCUCUUGAAGGCAAAGUUGUUGCUACUGGUCCAACUGUGUAUUAUUCUCCAUCAACCGAUCUUUGGAAAAUAUCUAGAACUCAAAUGUGGCCUUGGACCACACAGACAUCUGCAUUUUUUGUAAACCCUACAUCAUUCUUGUUUAAUUUUGAUACAACACCAAUAAACAAUCACUAUAGAGUCGAUAAUCUGUUUUCCCAACCGCGGUUGAUUGAAACAGUACAGGUUCCAAAUACAAAUGGAUAUAUUGAACCGAAGGAAAUACCAAAAUUCACAUCACAAAUACAACAAUUGACACCUAUUGCUAUCACAAAUCUUAAACAGAAUGAUAAAACUAUGGAAGCCAUUGCAAAUAAAAAGGAUUUUAAAAGUGAUGCACGGCUUUUAGAAGCAGUUAAACAAAUAAAUCCGGAAUUUGUGAUUGAGGAAAUAAUAUCCGUACCUGGCCGACAUACACAUACCGCAGUAACAUUAGAAAAAAAAACAAUCCCAAUUAAACUUUUACUGUCUUCUACGAGGUCUCCGCAAUUCGUAUCACAAAGCUCAAUGUUCGCUUCAAAGUCCACUUUAACCGAUUCAGAUGUUUCUCAUUCAAAACUAAAAUACAAGCGGAAGUUAAGUAAACAAAAAAAUGAAUCAACGGAGCAAAGAAUUUAUGAUAGUGAAGUGAAAGUGGAAGCGACAGGCCACACUGCCACUUCAGGAACCAUACCGCAAAUACCAUUCAGUAGCUAUUUUCUUCCAUAUUUAUCAAACGAUAAACGAGAUGUCAGUAAAACAGCUGCAUUAAUUUUGGAACCGCAUUCAAAAGCUAUAGUGGGAAAUGGUGGCAUAGCUAUAUCAGCACCCAUUUCAAAGGCUUUUUUGAAGCGUGGGACUCCCACCAAUGUCUACUUUAAUCCAGAAUCCGUAGCAAUAGCCGGAGUAGGUGGAAAAGCACAUGCUCAGGCCGAUUUGGAACUUGAUUUGAUAGAUUACCAGCACGCCAACAAUAUUUCAAUUCUCAAAGAAUACUCAUACCCUUACUAUGGCGGGCUACGUGGUCAAAUCUUACAAGUGGUUAGAACAAAAGAUGGACAGGACAAUAUGUUUAUCAUAAGUCCCACAGCUAUCCCUCCUGCCGACGUAAAAGCUACUUACACCAAGAAAACUAGUGUUCCUGCAUCGGAUGACGAUAUUCAACUUAACAUUCACCCAUCUACGUCCAUUGCAUUUGAACAGGAUUUCAACCGAAUACAGAUAGCAGCGGCCCGUCUCGUCGCCAUUCAAGAAGUUGCAAAGCGUAAGGGUUCCUUCAGUGCGGAAGAUAAUCGUAUUUAUGCAGAGAGUUUAUUGGAAUUGGGUCAUGCCGCACAGAAAUUAGCGAAUUUGCACCAUACGGGACAAAUUAAAGAUUUUAGUCUACUCCUACAACCCGAUUUUCAAGUUCCGCAUAAGAAACCUUUAUUUCCAUCGGAAUCAAUCUCUGUAAGUGAAACUUCCGGUGGCGAACAAAAAGUUGACGAAGUAACCGAACAACAGUUCAACGAAGAAGAUCUCCUUCCUCCAAAUACAGAGGAUCCUUACGAGGACGUCAGUGAUUCAGUAGCCGUGACUGCGCCGAAAAAAGAUGCUUCCGUUGCUGAAGCCAAACCAAUAGGACUUUCAAUUGCCGGUGAAGGUGGUGUUGCCUCAUCUAAGCCCAAUGCAAUAGCGCUCUCUGGACGUAAUGGCUUAGCAGUCUCAGCGCCUAAAGCUACUGCUAUUGCAGGUGUAUCAGCAGAAGAGGCAGCUGCUUUUAGUGUAUCAAUACCUAAUAGAAAUAAUCUGGUCAUUAAAACUGUGAAUCACGUACCGCAACGACCGGUGUAUGAUGACUACAACGAAGACUACAGUGAUGUUUUGCCAGCUCGUUCGAAAUUUACUCGUGACACGACGAUAACACAUGGCUCAUCUCUUCCUGUUGUCAGUAAAAAAACAAAGGGAGCGAGUGCAACAGAAGGUGGUAGUGGUGCUGUAUUCGCCGAUUCUUUAGUUCAACAAUGGAAAACUAUAGUAGCCGCGGACUAUUCCGCAUCAGCACGAAGUGCUCCUCAAUUGAUACCAGCAAAAUUUGUAAAAGAGUCCGUCAAAUUUCAACAAAGUUCAAUUGAUAAAAAGGACUAAUAUUUAUAUUCGUGCAUAAGUUAACAUUUAUCAAAUUUAUGUUCAAAUGCACUCUUACACUUAUUUAUAUUUUUUACAUAUAAUGAAUUACGGUGUCAUUUCGUUGCUCUAAUAAAAUAACUCUCAUAUUGUUCUCUGGCAUUAAAAACUGAACUUCGAAUUAUAAAAACUGGUUUAAAGUAAGCUUUUUGCACUGUUUUUUAUUAUUAUUUACUAGCUGACUCGGCGGCGAAGUUUCUU